AUGCGAGUUCGUGAGCUCAAUGAUCAUCAGAAGGCUUCUGUUAUUGAUGUGCGUGAAGUGAAUGAAAAUAAUCAAUUUCAUCAUCCAACUGAUUUGGCAUUUGAUAGUAAUGGCAAUCUAUAUGUAAGUGAUGCCUACAAUCAUUGUGUUCAGUUUUUUGCUUUGAUCGAUAAUCGAUCAUGUCAAGCACCAUCGACAACAACUGUGAAAAUAUCGACAGGUAAUUCCAUUAUUCUUGUCUUUUUCUCCUAUUUAAUUUAA